UAAGGGGGCGUGGCAAAGAUAGGAGGGUGAAGGAGGCGGGAGGGGAAGAGUGAAGCUCGAGCCCUCGGCGCUGGAGCGAACAAAAGCGUCGGUUGUUCGCGGGCGGCUGCACAGCAGCGGCGCAGGUUCCAAUGGCUGCCUCUCGGCAAACACAGUUUUCUGAAGGAGGAAAAAGUAAAUCCGUAAUGAAUGGAGCUGCAACCUCUCAAGGACAAUGGGGGAGGGCCUGGAAAGUCGACUGGUAUUCCUUGGCGUGUGUCAUCUUUCUACUCCUAUUUGCACCCUUCAUUGUAUAUUAUUUCAUAAUGGCAUGCGAUCAGUACAGUUGUUCUCUAACUAAGCCAGCCAUUGACUUGGUCACGGGGAAAGCCAGUCUCUUGGAUAUCUGGCACAAGACACCACCAUUGACUUGGAAAGCUGCGACCCUCUAUGCUUCUUGGGUAAUCUUCCAGGUAUUUUUGUACAUGCUUCCUGACUUUUGUCACAAAUUUCUUCCUUAUUUUCGAGGAGGAGUGCAAGAAGGGGCUGUCACACCCGCUGGCGCAGUACUCAAAUAUGAGGUCAAUGGACUUCAAGCCUGGCUUAUCACGCACAUACUCUGGUUUGCAAACACUUACCACUUCCACUGGUUCUCGCCCACCAUCAUUUUUGACAACUGGAUUCCUCUCUUGUGGUGUGCAAAUAUCCUGGGCUAUGCCGUUUCCAUAUUUGUAAUGAUAAAGGCCUACUAUUUCCCCACUAAUGCAGAAGAUCGCAAAUUCACUGGUAACUUCUUCUACGACUUCAUGAUGGGGAUUGAAUUUAAUCCUCGUUUAGGAAAGUGGUUUGAUUUCAAACUGUUCUUCAAUGGCCGCCCAGGCAUUGUAGCAUGGACUCUGAUCAACCUCUCUUAUGCAGCGAAACAACAAGAAUUAUAUGGACAAGUAACUAACUCAAUGAUACUUGUCAAUGUCCUCCAGGGUAUAUACGUUUUGGAUUUUUUCUGGAAUGAAGCCUGGUAUUUGAAAACGAUGGACAUCUGUCACGAUCAUUUUGGAUGGUACCUGGGCUGGGGAGACCCUGUUUGGCUUCCUUAUCUCUAUACACUGCAGGGAUUAUACUUGGUCUACCACCCUGUCCAUCUGGCUACAAGCAGUGCAAUUGGGAUUCUACUAUUUAGUUUAGUGGGCUACUAUAUCUUUAGAAUGACCAAUCAUCAGAAAGAUCUCUUUCGUCGUACAGAUGGCAACUGUAAAAUCUGGGGCAGGAAGCCCAAGUACAUUGAAUGCUCCUAUACGUCAACGGAUGGGAUCAAACACCACAGCAAGUUGUUGACAUCCGGCUUCUGGGGAGUGGCACGCCAUUUUAACUAUACAGGCGACUUGAUGGGCUCCCUGGCAUACUGUCUAUGUUGUGGUUUUGAACACAUUCUGCCUUACUUCUACAUAAUUUAUAUGACCAUUCUUCUGGUUCACCGUUGCAUCCGGGAUGAACACCGAUGCUCCAGCAAGUAUGGCAACGAUUGGAAGAAGUAUACUGAUGCAGUACCUUACCGGCUAAUUCCUGGGCUCUUUUAAAUGCUCGAUUUCUCGACUUCAAAAGGUUUAUGAACAGUUAUCUUUUCAGUGCAGCAAGUUUUGAGGAUCUAAAAAGCAGCACCUUUUUAGCGCACCUGAUGAGACACGAUUCUAAUAUCUGUUAAGGUCAUUGUGCCACUAAAAUGAUCUAACUUUUUUAAAGGUGUGGAUUUUGUUUUGUUUUUUAAAAGUUCCCUGUCCUUGACCAACAAAGCUUGAUUAAAAAGUUGAAUCUUGAGGUGCAUUCAGGUUGACACCUUGGACACACACAGAUUCCAAAGUGUGUACAGGGACAGGAAUACACACACACAAGCCCUGCCACCAGUGUCCUCAUGGAUCUUUCCCCUGCCUGUCCUACCUGUCCUCAUGUUGUGUGAGGAAGGUCGUGCAUCUGCUUGAAAGUGCCUAACUAACUGCACAUGAUGGAAGAUGUUUCUUCUCAACUUCACAUGUUCAACUUCACAGAAGUAGAAGCCACCUGCAGACUUCCAUUGGGCAACACAAGGGAGAUCCAGAAUGGGGUGGUGGGCAAGAUGCUCGUGAGAACUUUGGGGACAAGGUUUGCUUGUGUGCUGGCCACAAGGAUGCUAGGGGGAGGGAUUGAAUGCACAUCCAUGCGUCCAUCUACACUUGGAACAUUUGUGUGUGAACAUGCCUCUGGUUGUAACUGAAUCUACAAUGUUACUUCACUCUGGGACACAACCCACAGGCAAAUGACUGGCCCUUUAAAACUUCUAUUCAUUCCCCUGUGGUUUGAAGAGUGGCGAUUCUUGAUAGCUUCAAUCGGAGUUUGAUUGUUCAGGUCAGCUAUAAAUGAACAGUGAUCCAGUUACAAUAUCAUUUGAUAUCUGGUCUUCAGAUAGGCUUAUUGUAACUACAUCAGAGAUUCUGGAGCAGUAGUUAAGCUCUAAAUGCAUACUGGGUAACGAAGGGACAUGAUUCUAAAACAUGACAGCUGGGUUGGUAGAAGGUCUCUUAUCAGUUCUGUUAAUUGUGAUAAAAAUCACAUUCUAGAAAUGUGUUGGAAUACUGCCCUAAUUAUCAUAGAUGUUUUCUGCAUACAAGUUCACCUUCUUAUGGGAAUGCAUAUAUUUUAAGUGGGAAUAGCAACACUUCUGCCUACCUUUUUCAAAAUUGCAUACUAGAUGCAGAUAGUUUACCACUUUGAGAACUAAGUUCCUGUUUGACAAGGAACCACCUAGCCUAAACUUCAUAUGCAGUCUUUCCAGUAACACCUCUUGAGUAUACAGCUUAAUGUUAGGGUGAGGAAGACUAGCUGGUGAUGGACAUCAAGGCUUUACCCUAUAGUUAAAUGCAAAACUCCCUUGCCUGGCCCUAGAUGGCUUUGAUGCUUUCUGUUUACUGUGAAAACAGUGCUGGAAUAGUGUCUUCACAAAAUCAAAUUCAAAGGUGAAGAAAGAAGGCAGAGUAUUCUUCCCAUUCAUGCAUUAAGUGACAUAAUGUAAAAAUAAAGUGGAGUGUUUUCUUC